CUUCCUUUUAACUUCACACUGCCCCUGAGUGCACACGACACGCACAAAAACAGACAACGGGGCCUAGCGGACAAAAUCAGGAUGUGACAUCAUACACGGGAAGGGAGGCCGAGUAACUUUUCGUAACUUGCUUUUUCGCCCCAAACCCUAGAUCUAAGUGAGUUUUGGAGGGAAAAGGGCGGCCGAUGAGUACGAGAAAGGAUCCCCGCCGGACUCUUCGGAUCUGCUCCGCUCCCUCUUGAAGAGAUCGGGAGAGCGAGGGAACCUUUUCAGGUUUCCCGCAGCAUUCCAAGCGUCUGCGGCAGGACUGGAGCCCAAGAAACUCCCCCAUUGGAUGUGACAAGAGCCCCAGGAAUCAUAAGAGUGAAAAAUCACAAUCUUCCAGAUCCUGUGUGGAUCUGACGGCUCCGUCACCCUGCUCAGUUCAGCAAUGGCUCUGUGCUUGGGUCAGGUUUUCAGCAAAGACAAAACAUUCCGGCCUCGAAAGCGGUUUGAACCUGGAACCCAGCGCUUUGAGCUGUACAAAAGAGCCCAGGCGUCUCUGAAAUCAGGCCUGGACCUGAGGAAAGUGGUGCAGCUGCCGGACGGAGAGAGCAUUAAUGACUGGAUAGCUGUGCAUGUGGUGGAUUUCUUCAAUCGCAUCAACCUCAUCUACGGGACCGUGAGCGAGUUCUGCACUGAGAAGAGCUGUCCCAUCAUGUCUGGAGGGCCUCGUUAUGAAUACAGGUGGCAGGACGGGGAUCAAUACAAGAGGCCCACCAAAUUGCCCGCUCUUAUAUACAUGAACCUCCUCAUGAACUGGAUCGAGUCCCUCAUCAACAACGAGGACAUCUUUCCUACACGAGUAGGAGUCCCUUUUCCAAAGAACUUUCAGCAGGUGUGCAAGAAGAUACUGAGCCGCUUGUUUCGGGUGUUUGUGCACGUGUACAUCCAUCACUUUGACAUGAUCUGUAGCAUGGGAGCCGAGGCCCACAUCAACACCUGCUACAAACACUACUACUACUUCAUCUCUGAGUUCAGCCUCAUCGACCACUCGGAGCUGGAGCCGCUCGUGAGCUUGUGUGCUUUCAUCGCUGUGACCACGUACACACUGCAGCCUGCGCUUAGUCCCGUUCUGUAUAUAGACGGUUUAGUGAUUUACGGGAGUGACGAUGAACGAAAUUACUCCAGAGGAAUUCUGGUAGUGGCAACCGCAUUUACAGAAAUUCUAUGCGGCGUGUAAAAAAGCAGUUUUGGUGCAAGAAAUCAUAGGGAAAGAGGUACAUCUUGGCUCUGUGUUGCCAGAUAUUACUAUAAAAAUGUCAGAUCCAAAUGUGUGAUCUUGGAAAUAAGCCAUACCACAAUAUCUAUACCUCUCUAAAAAUAUGAGCUGAGCCCAAAUAACAAGCCUUAAAGGAACACUCCGCUUAUUUUAGAAAUAGGCUCAUUCUACAACUCCCACAGAGUUAAUAAAUUGAGUUUCAUCAUUUUGGAAUAUAUUCAUCCGAACAGCGAUUGCACUUUUAGCAUAGCUUAGCAUAGAUCAUUGAAUCCCAUUAGACCAGUAGCAUUGUGUUCAAAAAUGACCAAAGUAUUCAGCAUAUUUCCUACUUAUUUUCUUAUUCGCUAAGUGAUGCCAUGGUAUGGCGGCAAACAUCUUUGAUUAUUAAAUAGGAACAAGAGUAUAGUUUAGUACAGAAUAUAACUACAGAAGAGUAAAGUUUUAAGUAGGAGAAAUAUUGAAACUCUUUUUUUUUUUUACUUAUUUUUGAACGCAUGCUACUGGUCUAAUUGGAUUCAAUGAUCUAUGCUAAGCUAUGCUAAAAGUACCAUUGCCAGACCCGGAGAUCGUCUAAAUGGAUUCAAAAACAGGAAAACUCAAUUUAUCAACUCUGGAGAAGCUGGACAAUUAGCCUAUUUCCAAAAAAAAAGUGGAGAGUUCCUUUAAGACACUUAAAGGAGCACCGCUUAUAAUGAGUAGACAUGGCAACCGGGGCCUGUUUUAUAAAACAAGUUUACGUUUUGUUGGUUAGUCUGGCUUAUUGUCUGUUGAUCUGGUUCAAAAUAAGUCAGACUAACUGAAAUAAUUCUUAUUUAGUAAACUUGUUAAACGAAACAUAAACAAAACACUACAGCUUGGUUGACGGUGGUUUAGUUGAAGACUUAGAUUCAGCAGUUUUACCUAAACCAAAGACAAAAGAGAUGUUGUAAAUAUGUCAAUAACAACUAAUCGUUCACUUUGGGGUCGUACACGCCGCGUAUAAUUUCUGUAAAUGAAGUUGUCACUACUACCUGCAUUUAUCUGGUGUUCGUUCGGUUGUAGAAUUCAAACCUACUUUAGCUAAGUGUGUACAUUGCAAAUAUGUUCCGGUUAUUAGACACAAAAAACAAUGUAUGCCCUAAUAACUUUGCCUUUUCUGUCUUCACAGAAAGAAAUGACAGAGAAGAUCUGCAACUGAAAUGCGUGGAGAAUGGAUGGGAAUCCAAAUGUCCAAAUAUUCAGACCAAAGAUGAGAUCAGAGACUCCCAAAUGAGCUCAAUUGCAAUGCAUUUUUUUUAACCAAAAUGUUCCUGAGACAGUAAAUGUUCAACGUGUCUCAAAUUCCCGGAGCAGCGAUCUAAAAUAAUGCAUCAAUUGAGCAUUUUUAAGUAUUUCAUCACGUGACUUCAAAGAACUUUUUAAAAUAUGUGUUCCCGAGGGAAACGCGUCUGGAAAUGGCAAGUCUAAAACCUCUGCUAAGUUUGAGAGGUUGCAUUCUUGCUCUGUCUUGUCUGUGCCAACGCGGAGCCAGAGGCCUUCGCCAGUAUCUUUAUUUAACCAGGGCACGUGCGGCAAGAAACUAUUAUUUCAGACAUUUUGUUCUGACAGUGUGCUGUUUUUGCCAAUGUAUUUUUGCAUGCACGUUUUUAAAUACAUUUUAAAUGACAA